UUUCUCCCCCUUUUACCCUUUACCCUCGCGCCCUUUUUUUUUCGCUCUUUCGAUGAUUGCAUCCCGAAAGAAUGAAUACAAGGAUUUCCUAGUCAAAUUGAACUUGUGAAGCGUUUUGAUGACGACAAACCGCGACAAAGCUUUUUUUUUUUUCUUCAACUGUGAGAGACCCAUUUUUAAUUUUUUUUUCUGCCCUUUUUUCUUAUUUUUUUAUAUACCUUUUUAUUUUCCUUAUCCUUACUUUUUUUCUUUUUCUUAUUUCUCUUUUUUGUAUUUACCUCCUAAUAUACCAAGUUUUAUCAACCUCGUUGAAUUGAUGACUCAUCAUCACGAUUUCAAUAGUUCGCCGUCCGCUACGGCGGGCCGAGAUCUGGCUUCAUUGUUACCGAAUUACAAACACGAAGUGCCUGCAACAGCACCGGUGUUUGAAGGUCAUCUGUAUCUACGUACAGACAAGAAACAAUGGCAAUGGCGCCUUUUUCGCUUCGACGGCACGUCGUUCACUUGCUUAUCGUCACGUAAAGUUAAAUUGCCGCCCAACACAGCCGUGGAUGCUCCCUUGGAUACCGACUUUCAACUCAGCUUUAUUCACUCGUCUCCUUCUUUUGCCACCUCACUUACCUCGCCUCUCCUCGCCACACCCAAAGACAAGACCUUAAGACUCACCUCUUCCGCCAAUCCCAAUGCCGACGCUGGCGCUUCUCCUCCCGUCUUGGCCAGUUACUACCAGUUACCCAAAUGGACUGUCGAUAUUGCCAACAUUUCCGCCGUUUCCGUGUUAAAACCCGCCAAACAACCUUCCAUCACGCUCAAAUCUCCCUUUUCCUCCUCCUCCUCCUCCUCCAAAUCCCGAUGUUUCUGCGUACGUACCUUUGACGGUCAAUGUUACAUCAUGAAAGCACAGAAACAAAAAGAUCUCGAACGAUGGUUAUUCGUUCUCACCAAAAUGUGGAAAUUCGCUCAAGCCAUUCGACAACAAGUCAUCACACAGCAACAGCAACAACAACAACAACAACAACAUCAACAUCAACAUCAACAACACCACCAAGCCCCGCAACCAUCGCCAAUUCAACCACUUUCGCAACUUGCCCUUUCCCACUCACUUUCACAACCGCAUCCACCGCUUCAUGCUGGUGGAUUGCCACAGCAGCAGCAGCAGCAGUCUCCCCAUCCACGAACCACACCAAUGAUGUAUCCUUCGUACUCAAAUUAUCCCGUGGGACCACCGGAACCACAUGAUACCAUGCCACUUUUUCAAAAGAUCCCGCCCACCCCAUCGCCCAUGCAUGAUUCUUCGUCUUAUCAUCCACCUUCAUCUUCGUUUCCUCGCCCGCACCCGCCCAUCCAUGACGAUCGACCGGAAGCUCCGUCAUCCCAGUACGAAAAACGGUAUCAUGCACCGACAUUAUCCGUGGAAAAAAUGAAAUGGAUUAGCGAGUGGCGUAGUUCCCUGGCCGAAUUAAUGGCCUGUGACCCCAACAUUCGAGUAUCGCCUCCACCGAUUGAACCCAUUCCCGAAGACGAUAAAAUGAGCGUUUGGAGCGAUAUGACCAGUGUCAGCCAUCGCGAUAAGCCGCGCCUCAUGACGCCCAAACGAAGAGGCACAUGGGGAUCUCGACGAUCCAUACGCGUUACAAAUCAAAAGCGGGGUGGGUCGCCACCUACCGCCACCCAUACCAACUCCACUGCGGCUCAAAGACCGGGUUCCAUCACCCAAGAAGCUUCCCUCAAAUGCGACGAAUCCCAUUCGCCUUCACUGCGAAAGAAACGAUCGGACGAUGUCAAGCAUUGGAUCGAACCCUCCUCCCGAGUGACUCCACCCACAGCAGUCGCUAGCGACCAGCCUGAAGCAUUGAACGAACAACCCGAUGACAUGAUAUCUUCUGGUCUUCGAAAGAGUGGAUCACAGCAAUCGGUUCAUUUGGUUCGGUCAGGAUCCAAUCGUAAGCCUAUGAUUCAGCGGAUAUCGGUGGGAUUACCCCCUGCAUGUGGAUCGUCAUCUCCCGAAAUCUAUCACAUUGAUUACUUUCAAGAUGUGCGUACCAUCGGGGAAGAAGACGACGACACCGAAACCGAAAGUCAGCAUGAACGUUACUGUUCCAAAAUGCGUUAUCACUCGUCCGUGCGCGCCAAGAAUAUUCAGGUCGUCAACAACAGUCAAGAUCCGACAUGGGCUCCGCCUCAGGCGGGGAUGAAUUCGGAUCCCUCCAUGAAUAAUAAUGAUUCACCCUCCCUCAGUCAUCGUGGACUCAGUAUCAAUCGACGUGCAUCCAUGCCAUUGGAAGCCGAAUUAUAUUCUUACCAGUCACUGUGGGUGUCUCCCCCAUUGGAUGCCGGUCCUCUCCACGGCAUGUCGCCGCUCCAAUCCUUGGCCAAAGCCGACAGUACGUUGAUGUCGCAUAAACGACAGGACUCAUCGAAUGCCAAGAACGACUCUGGUCAUCAUGCUUCCGCUGCCGUCGAUCACGACGAGGAGAUCAGCUUGGCGGAUCUGCAAAAGGCCUUGAAACAAGUCAGUGGUGAAGCGUGGCGACACACACGAUCGCCUUCAGCUUCUUCUGCCAAAGAAUUGGAAAAGCAGCAUGAACGACAACAACAACAAGGAUUUUCCUUGCAUUCCCGUUACCCGAUGCCUCCCUAUGUCCCUUUGCAGUCGUCCUCUUAUGCCGCUCCGGCCAUUCCACCUGUCCAUGUUCAUCAUAAACACAGCGCUUCCCUCAGCGGGUUUUACCCUCGUGGCUACCCGAACACGCCGACCCCGCCCAUGUUAGCCAGCACCCUUGAGAAAACCGCCGCGGAUUCCACCCCGUUACCUUAUCAACCUCCCAAAUCAGCAUGGAAAUUGGACGACUAUGCUCCUAACACAUGGCCCUCCAGAGUACCAGGCAAAGAGCCGUUUCUGCCCCAUCGCAACAAAACAAGACCCCAAUCCAUGAUGAUGAUGAUGGGGCCAUCUGGGGCCACUUCUACCGAAAAGGACUCCAUGGACCCAUCACGCUACCUCGCCGUCGGAAGACGAUCCAUGGAUCUCCAUAGUGAAUCCCAACGAUACGGUCCCAGACAGUGAAUCCCCAUCUAAUGAAAUUCUUUUUGCUUUAUUUUCCAUUUCUUUUUUAUUUGCUCUUAUGUUACAAAUGUUGCUCCUUACUUAUUGCUUAACUUGGUAUUAUCUAGUAGACACCGUCUCUUUAUUGUCAGGUAUUAUAUAGUAUUUACGUGAUGCACUCAUCCGCAUGGAUAUUGCAAAACUUUUUUUUUCUUUUUUUUUUUUGUCUGUGCACUUGUGUGAUUCCAUCGGUGACUGAAAUAAAAUGAACGCCAAAAUGCUUGGA